AAUUUCCCAAUCACCAUAUUUUAUUACUCAAAAAGGGCUGAACUCAAAUUUAACUUCUCUUCCUCCAUUCUUAUCUAUCUCCGAUUCUACUCAAAUCCCAUUUUCCAUUGCCAAAUCCAUUUUUUGUAUUUUUUUCAUGACCUUAUUGAUCUAAUCCUAAUUCAAUUCGUUUUUGUUUCGUGAAUCUUUGCUUCAAUGCAGAUGAAGCUGCUCGUCAAUGAUGAUCCUACUACCUUGAGUUAUUGGUUGAAUUGGAGAGUGUUUCUAUGUGCAGUAUGGGUCUUGGCACCUAUGGUUAUCGCAGCAUUCAUUAUAUGGAAGCAUGAACAUUCAGGAAAUUCUGAAUCUGAUGCAGGGGGGAACCAGCAAGAGAGCUCACACAUUCGCUCUGAAAAAUCAUGGAAACCUUGUCUAAAAGAAAUUCAUCCUGUUUUCCUGUUGUGCUUUCGGAUAAUUGCUUUUGGUCUGCUUUUAAUAGCUGUGUCUUUUGAUCUUGCUUUACAUGGAGCUGAACUUUUUUACUACUAUACUCAGUGGACUUUUACUUUAGUCACCAUUUAUUUUGGGCUUGGAUCAUUGCUUUCUAUACGCGGAUGUUUUUACAGUCCCAAAAUAGAUAGCAACAGUAAGUGUUAUUUAACUGAGGAUACGGAGCAAGCUUUACAUGUGCCCUUAGCACAUGGAGUGAAUGGAAAUGGGAUGAGGUUGCCGGAGAAGUUGGACGACCAUGGAAAACUCCAUACUCUGAUAACUUCUGACGUGUGGGAUGAUCUGUAUCAAGUUUUAUUCCAGAUGACAGCAGGAGCAGUAACUCUCACCGAUAUUGUUUACUGGGGUGUGAUAUUCCCGUUCAUGGCGCUGAAAGAUUAUGAGAUGGGUUUUUUAACAGUUGUGACACACUCAGUUAAUGCUGUCUUGCUCCUUGGAGAUACAGCUAUGUGUAGUCUGGAAUUCCCAUGGUUCCGGAUUUCUUACUUCAUUUUGUUGACGGGUAUUUAUGUCAUAUUCCAGUGGAUUGUUCAUGCCUGCGUCUCAAUUUGGUGGCCAUAUCCUUUUCUUGACCUAUCAGCCGACCUCGCCCCAAUGUGGUACCUGGUGGUAGCAUUGAUGCAUGUUCCCUGCUAUGCCAUCUUCCUCAUGUUUGUGAAAGUGAAACAUUGGCUACUAUCCAGAUGGUUCCCACACUCAUAUCAGUACAGCUCAUAAAAUUUUAGUAAGAUUGACCCAACGUGUCUUCUUGCAAUGUGGAAAAAGCAAAUCUUACAAUUCAUCAAAGAUUGGCCCUGGAUUCAUCAAGAUUGAGAGAUGAUGUUUCCACUGCUGCGUAUAACAUCAUAGUAGGUGUGUGGUUUCGACCAAGUGUGGAGGGUUUAAGGAACUGCUCUCCAAUGCUAUAAAUUUUGUGAUUGUUUUACCUCAAUUCAUACAAACAGAGUGAAUCAAGGAACUAGUGAUUAUUUGAAUCGAAAGGGUUUUAUUGGUUUUUUAUAA